GGGCGCACUCUGCCAUUCGGGACUCCGCGUCUCCAAGUCGUCUUGCGCGCUCAUUCGGGUCCGGGUUUUUUUUUUUUUUCUAAUCGUGUCGAACAGCAUUGUCAGGACUCAGUGAACAGAGCACGGCAUGAACCCUGGCUGGACUGCACAGGAAAGGGAAAGCAGAUUUGGGAGAACUUUUCUCGGGUGCAUUCGGGUCAGGUUGUGCGUUUGUGGCACGCGUGUUAAGUUUGACGCACGACGCGGGACGGCGGAACACCAGCAGCAGCGUAGCCACGAUUUGCUCAACAUGUGCUGAAUGAAAAUUGAUCUCGUGUGCUAGAGAUGUAGGAUAUUAAAUGUGCCUCACAGACAUGGGGUUGUGUUUGUCCUGAAAGGACGUUUUUGCGCUACGGGGAUUUUUCGGGUGUCAGCACGCGCAUGACGCACCCGCAGCCGUCUUUUGGAAGUUGUCUCGAUCCCUACAGACUGACAGUCAGUUUUUAACUUUCCUCCAGCUCCUCUCAUGGCUCUUUAGGCUUCCUGCAUGAGAGUGGUACUGAACCUGCACUUGCAUGUGGACCACCUGCGGCUUUGGGCAUCUUCACACUGAAUAAACACAAAGCGGUGCGUUUUAAUCACUAAUAAUCUCUUUGCAUUUUCAUCACAACACUGGAGCAUUUGAGACUUCAUGUAUAGUCCAGGCACUAGCUGUGCAGUUUGAUAUGGAAAGCGAGCACCGGUGAGGUAGAGCAAUGCGCGCCCUGCACCUCGGCGCGUGAGGAAGAGGAACAGGAGGAAGAAGAAAAGGAGGAGGAGGAGGAGGAGGAAACUCAGGUGUCACGAGGAGUUGUGAGAGGUUCCAGAGUCCUGCUGACCCGCUCCCUGAAGGAUGGAGAAGAUGUUGAUGCGCAUGUGCACCGCGUCCCUCAUCCUGCCUUUGCUUUGCAGAGUGAUGGAUGGCCGACUGUUGCUGGAGGGUCUGCCAAGAUUUGGCGCCGUGCCUACGUACCUGCCAGUGCAGUACCAGGUGCUGAACGCGGAGCUAGCCUUCUUCCUCAAGGAGGCCAACCAGGACAUCAUGAGGAACUCCAGUCUACAGGCACGCACUGAGCUCUUCUUCAUCCAGCAGGCCAGGAGGAACCCUGUGGUCAAUGCUAGUUAUGGACCCUUCUUUGCGCAGCAGCCCGUACCCAUGGAACUCCUUGAUCCAGGGAUCUUCAACAACCCAUCAACAUCUUCUUUGUCUUCAUCUUCUUCAUCAUCCUCUCCACUUUUCACUUUUAACUGGAAGAUUCAGACCUUCAUCAUAAGCGAGCGCAUCCACCUCAGCUGGCCCAAGGUCCAGGUCUUGUUCUACAUCGUAGGCCGGGACUGGGACGACUACAGCACUGUGGACCGUCUCCCUUGCAUACGGAUGUUUGCGUUCCAUGAGACGCAGGAGGUUCGAGGUACGUGUCGUUUGAAGGGGGAACUGGGGCUUUGUGUGGCCGAACUGGAGCCGCUUCCCAGCUGGUUCAGCCCACCUAGUGUGGUGCCUGGAAGACAAAGAGCACCCCAAACUGAAGGCACCCCUGUGGAGCUCUACUACAUGGUACAAUCCACUGAAACUGGCGAAUGCAACCCGGAAAGUUCCCGUAAGGCAGGUGCCAUCCGCUCUGAGCAACAGGGGCCGGCCGGGUACUUUUCAGGGCCUACGCCCAUGCGGAGGAUUGGCAGCGUGCGUCUGUUUCAGCCACUGUCCGAGCUACGCCUGGACAGAAACUUUGUGGUGAUGGUGCCUUCCAGGCCAAUCAGGCAAAGGGAGACAGUGUCGGUCUUCCUGGCUGCUUCUGCUCUUUCAUCAGUGGAGAUCUUCACCCUCAGGGUGAAGUUGAAAGAUGACGUGGCGUUUUUAGGAGCGAAGGCCACGAAUCCGGUGCAGUGGACCGUCAGUCAGGACGUGAGGAGCGAGGGACACCGAGUUGUUACUCUGCACUGUCGGAGAAAAGACACCAGCUAUGGCCAGAGGAUGGAGGCGGGGCUUCAGAAGGUUCUGCAGGUGGAUUUGGAGGUAAACGGCCUGGUGGAUCCUCUUGGCACUCGUUCAGUCAUGUGGCAGGUGGAGUACCCCAUGAGCCGCACCUUCUCCGAGGAGAUCCCGACCCUCAUCCGACUCGCACCUCAUGACCUGGGGGGCAUCGUCCCGCUCGCCAUGGAGACAGAGAUCCUGAACACGGCCGUGCUCACUGGCAGGACUGUCGCCAUGCCUAUCAAAGUGGUCACCGUGGCAACGGAUGGGGCUGUUACUGAUGUGACCGAGUCUGUGGAGUGUCGAUCGACGGAAGACGACGUUGUUAAGGUGUCUGAGAGGUGCGACUAUGUGUAUGUGAACGGGAAGGAGACAAGAGGGAGGGUGAAGAUGAUGUUGAACUUCACUUACAACUACCUGAGUGCCCAGCUGGAGGUGAGUGUGUGGAUGCCUCGCCUGCCCCUGCAGAUUGACAUGGCCGACCCCGAGCUCAACCAAAUCAAGGGAUGGAGGGUCCCUGUCUCCGGGGGCAACCAGAGAUCUGUAGAUGAAGAUGAAGAUGAAGGGAGCAGGCGGGAUCGAGGUUGUGGUCCACAGUACCAGAGCACGACUGUGCGUGUCCUCACACACUUUGAAGCAGACCCAGGGGAGGGGCGGGGCCAGCCGGACUUCCUGCUGGGCAGUGAUUGGCAGGUGGAUGUGACGGAGUUAGUGAAGGAUUUAUUGAAAGUGGAGGACUCACGAGUGGCCAAAAUAACAGAUGGAGCGACGCUGACGGGGCUGAACAUUGGAACCACCAAAGUCCAGGUGAUGUCCCCCCUGUCGGAUUCGGUCCUGGCAGAGAGGACGGUGAGAAUUCUGGAUGAUAAAGUGAGCAUUACGGAUCUCGGCGUGCAGCUGGUGUCAGGCCUCUCACUGUCCCUGCAGCUCAGUCCGGGCAGCAACAGGGCCAUUGCAGCCACAGCCACCACUCAGGACACCAUGCACAACCCCAAACAGGAGUCCCUUGUCAGCGCUUGGUUGCACUUCAGUGAUGGCUCUGUGACCCCUCUUGACCUUUAUGACCCUGCACACUACAUGCUGACAGCCACGUCCUUGGAUGAGCGGGUGGUCUCUGUUCAGAGGGUCGUGUGGUGGAGGUCGCCAGUGGUAGUGGUGAAAGGUGAGGGUCAGGGCACGCUGCUGCGCAUUGAGAUGUCUGGAGCCGAUUCGUGCCAAAAAAGCAAGCGCCGUAACGUUCUGGCUUCGGUUAGUACCAAUGUUCGUGUCAAGUUUAGCCGUAACGAUGAUGGUGACAACAGGAGGCACAGACCCAAUUCCUCAUAUAAUGGAGACUCCAUUUCAGAGGCAGGGAUGGUCAACAGAGGAGCCACGACCAUUAAAACGGGUGCUCCUUUUGGAGAUAAGCGCCCAGUCGGAGACAUUCCUGCAGACUUCUCAAACUUUCCAGCACAGGCCGAGCUUCCUCACGGACGUACCACAGAGGAGGAGUUGCUUCAAGCCCGGCGCGGCCUGACGGACCUUGAGAUCGGCAUGUAUGCCCUACUGGGAGUCUUCUGUCUAGCCAUCUUGGUUUUUCUCAUCAAUUGUGUCUCCUACACCCUGCAGUAUCAAAACAAACAGCUCCCCCUGGAGGGCCAGGAGAGUAUGGCGCAUGCUCAUGACUGGGUGUGGUUGGGGCAUGAAGGUGAGUUAAUGGAGAACCAUGCCGGCUUGUGCCUACAGCAAGAUGAGCUCAGUGCCACCGUGGACUCCAGCCUGGGUUUAGAGGAGGCCAGCCAGCUUCUCAACGGUCUCUUGGGCCAGAAAAGUGCACAAGGUCAGGGAGGACGGGAGCACAAGAGCGAGACAGGAAACUCGCCCACCACUAAGAGGAAACGGGUCAAGUUCACCACCUUCAGCCACUCCAAGCCAGGCAAUGACUGCCUGGGUAACAGUCCACUAGGUGUUGGGAAAAACGAUAUCCAGUGGGUUUGCCCGGACAUUGAGCUUGGGGACUCCAUAGAGCUCCGGAACUACAUGGAGAGGCUAAAUGAGAAUGCCACGAAGAACGUCGCAUAGCACUUCAUGAUUCUAGCACUCGGUUAUGCGUUUCAGAGCAGAGUGUAGCUUCACCCAUAUGCCUUCAGGGUAAAGGAGUGGGGUGCCGACCAGCUCACAUCUCACCAUGAAAAGACAGGCCAUUCAUCGAGUCUUGUUUCCAUGGCAACUGUCACAAGGUGUUCAUCAUUAGGACUGAAGGCCAACAGGGAUGGUUGUGAAACUGCAGAAAACUAUAUAUGUAUACAUACAUACAUUCAUAUGUACAAACUCGCUAUGAGAAAUGCAUUUUUUCCUGUAUUAAAGAUAAAUUUUUUUUGUCAUUCCGUAUUUCUUUGACAUAUUGUUUUUCAUAUUCUGUGAAUAUUUGAAAGAAUUCAUGUGCACACAUAUCAAGGACUGACUCUGAGAUGAAUCCAUAAAUCUUGUAUAUAAAGUGGACAUUUGCCGGUUGGAUGAGGUAAGAACUUUUUUAAGUAAGGUUUUACAUAUUUUUAUACAUCCCUUUUCCUGUACAUGUUGUAGCCUGUCGAUGUUUUGUCCAAAGACUCUCAUACUUUGGUUUAAAGCUGCUGUGAGCAACUUUUUUCUUUAAAGCUAGUUGUCAAAAAUAGAUGCUCUGAGAAAAAAAAAAGGCUCUAAAAAUGAAACAACUCAGUGCAGUCCUUCUGAAAGCUUCCCUGAGGAGGCAGUCUUCAGUGCUUUUUAUUUUUUUGCACAUGUCUGGGUGGCCCAUAUGAAGGUUGGUGAUUAAGAAGGAAGCUCUAGGAAGUGCUAGCUCGAUGGAGUAAGAAAAUAGUAAGAGAAGUACGAUUGCAGCAGAGUGGAUGUAUUCCAUGGAAGCGAUGGUACACAUAGUCUCAAAGUUCCACUGUCACUGUUGCCUUACACUUCAAAAAGAAAAACGGAACAAUGCAGGCACUUAGUUCUGCGCUGAGGUGGUGGGCGUGGCAAACUUUCUGACAUCAUCUAUACAAAAUAACACUUACGGAACACUGUUAUGGUGUAGAGAUAACUAGCUAAGGUAUCCAUGCUUCUUGGUGUAACUAUGACUUAAUAAAAAAAUAUUUUUAUUUCGUACCUUAUUCUAAUACAAAGCUAGCUAGCCUAUUUAUGUUUAAACCCUCCAAUGUAAUGCUAGUUAUAUUUAAUACCUUAUCUUAUUGAUCUGUUAGCUAGCUAUUUGUGUUUACAUGAAAUGUUUUAUGAUGUCAGGGCAGACCACCACACACAUCACACUUGUGUCUAUCUUGAAUUUUUGUUCCAACCAGAAGCUGUCAUGAAAUUUUUCAAACUUCUGGCAUGGAAUAAAUGCACUGCUGCUCUUCUUGUUCGUAUUUUCUUACCAUCGCACAGUGUAUGUCUUUAGAGGGUAGGAUUUUGGAUAAAGGACAUGGGAGUGGACUCCAUCGGUGGCUACAUUUGAUUAGCAAGACUUGCUAGCAUCCCUUACUGUGGCUUUAAUGUGUCUAAUUUGGGACCUUUGCCACCAACAAUGUGAAUAUGUACAUAAACCAGGGGACUGUUGAGAGACUCUCACAUCGAAAGCAUGGCUCCUGUGGGACUGUUGGCAAUCUGUAACAGCAGAAUGGCUAUCAUACCAGUUGACCAGGAGGCAAUCACUCAAACAGUAACUGUCGUCGAUUGUGUUCCUUUUUUAAUCUUUUUUUUUCUCCACACUGAAAAAAGGCAAAAAGUAUAUAAUGAUGAUGAUUACAGGUCUCUAAACACAAAAGAAAUCUCGAACAAAUCCAUAAUUUUUGCAGAUCUAAUUGCCUGCAGGUAAUUGGGUCUUAAAGAGUGGUUUGGAAUGUAAUCCUCAGGUAAUGCUGGCCACAUGGCGCGCAAACACAGACACAAAAUGAUUGAAAUUCUUAUAAAUAAUUUUAAAUUCUAAUCAUUUCUUCAGAAUUGAUUCUGAAUGACACUGUGUUUGGCCUGGUUUUAUUUUUUGCUCUUGUCUCUCUAAUGAAUGUGCAGAUUAAACAUCAUUCUGUCACACAAACUCCUGUCUGAUUUCAUUCUUGCUUCACUUCUAUUCUUAGAGCAUUUUCAGAUAUGAUACACUGGUGUGUUCUUCCCAACAGUGCGAUUCGACUCUGCAUCAACCUGACUGCAGGAAGUGAACCAAACAUGCCAUGUGUUUUGGGUUGCAGCAUUUUUUUAUAGAUCUGAUCUGCAAGGCACAAACUGUGUCAAAGGACAGAGUUGUAGUGCUGCAGAAAUGCCGGGAGUUCUGGAGAUUUGGAC